AGGUGCAUGGUGUGCAGAGGGUGGGAAGCUGUUGUAAACGUAGCCUGAAAGGAGUCGCUCUGCGGAAGGGUGGAGAGGGAAGUAUCGGGAUUGAAGCAGGAGUGGAGAAUGAAAUGGGAGCAGAAGAAUAGACAUGGCCUGUGGAGAGCCUUGAAGGUAACGAUGAGGCAUUUGGACUUAAAGCUGGAAACCCAGCCUUGGGAUCUGAAGUUUGGGCCAGUUCAGCCUCCCCCCAGGUCAUCUCUUGUCUCGCAUACACUCAGUGUUGGCUCCUGUUCAUUGUACCUUGGUGAGAGAUGCAAAGGCAUGUUACGGACGCGGUUGCGAAAGGCCUUGAGCAAUUUUAGGGUCUUUGUCCUACAUUUUGCCCUUGGCACAUCAUCAACGAAGUCAGGUGGUUGGGUUUUUUUAUUUUCAAGGCAGGGCUUGCUAAAACUGGAAUGCUCCUCAGACUCUGUCCUUCCCCAUGGUAGCGGACCUGGGCAGAUGGUGCGAGCAAGGACUGGCCCAACUGGUUUGCACAGCUCUGAAGGAAUCCAUGUGAGCUAAUGCUUUUGCUACAUCAGGAUUACCUGCUGUAUGUUGCACAGGCAUCCUGCCUGGACCCUUGGACAUCUUUACACGCAGAAGGGAGGCUGGUCAACAAAUGGUCUCUGUGAUUUGCAGCGAGCAGCUCCCUGCUUUGGACCCCGUGACCCCACCAGCUGGUGCCUCUUGGCUGGACAGUGACGCUCUGGCUCAGAAGACCAAGAUGCCGUCCUGCAUUCUGCCGGAAGACUGUGGCACAGACACGUCAGACCCUCUGGAUGGCUCCAGUCGUCGCUGUGGCAGCUGCCCUUCGCCAGGUGCCUGCCUCCGAAUGGCCACAGGGAAGCAAGAAGGCGAGAAAUCCCAGGCCACCCUCUAUGAAGCUCAUCUGAAGCUGCCCGACUUCUGCCCUGACCUCUCUAGAGAUUUCAUCCCCACUCUGGAGGAGAUCGAGGAGUUCCUGAAAGAGAAGAUGGAGCUCCUCAAGGAUGAGCGGAGUGAGAAACAGCCCAUCAGAGGGAAGCUGGAGAUCAGCUUGGCCAACCCCGGAGAGCCGCCUGUGCCCAGGAUGGGUCUGGAAGGGGGGGCGUUGAGCUCCACCGAGGUUGAGGGAAUAGCCGGUGCAGCGGGCCUGACGUUGGGUAUUGGGAGCAUCCCUGUUCUCCUCCAGAUCCAGCCCGUCCAAGUGAACAGUGGGAGUCCCCCACCGACGAGUGCUGGGGAUGGCAUCAAGGUGGCCCAGCUGGUGGUCAGCGUGCAGGGCCAAAGCCUGACCUUUGUCCCUCAGGUUGCUCAGCCCCCCAUGACUCUCUCGGACCAGAAGUACGUCAAAAUAGCCCCCCUGCCCAUUGCUCAGAGGCCCGGGGCGCUGGGCAGCGCUAAAGGGCUGGAGGCUGUCCCCAAGUUCCAGAAGGUCUCCCCGUCCAUCGUCCGCCUCCACAAGUGCGUGCACCCCGGCUGCGGCAAGAUGUACACGAAGAGCUCCCACCUCAAAGCCCACUUCCGGCGCCACACUGGAGAGAAGCCGUACACCUGCAGCUGGCCUGACUGCGGCUGGAGGUUCUCCCGGUCGGACGAGCUCUCGCGCCACAAGCGCUCCCACUCCGGCGUCAAGCCCUACCCGUGUGUGACCUGCGAGAAGAGGUUUGCCCGCAGUGACCACUUAUCCAAACACAUGAAGAUCCACCGGGGCCAGCACAGCACAGGGAGUCGGACCGCUCCGGGCAGUGGCACCAGUUAACCCUUUCUUCCCUGCCUUGCACAACUGGGGUCCUGUCCAGCAGAGCCGGAUAGUAAACGGAACCCUGACUUCUUGUUUGUUUUCAUUAGAGGAGCGGAAAAUACUUUUCUUGUGGUACAGACUGGGCAAAAUCCAAAGUCUACCUCUACCAACGGCUGCCUUAUGGCCAGGCCUUUUCUCUAAGGCUGCUGUGCCAUUUGUGAAUAUGUAUGAUGGGCACCUGACCUCAUUAGGGGCAGGGAUGGGACGGACAUUGGCUUCAUCAAAGGGCUUUGUGGAGUUGAUGGGUAGUAUCUGUUCUUGUGGUCCUGUCACUAUAAUAUCCGCCCAGUAUGAGCUGCAGUGGCAAAGGGGUUAAUAGCACUUUUUCAACCAGCCUCCUAGCUUGCUGCUUGAAUAUUCUCUGUGCAGCAGGGGCUACAAGGCAGACCAGAGUCCCAGCUGCCUGUGGGCAGCAGUCCUACUGGGGAGAGCCAAAAGGCAUCCUUCUUCCUGGCUGAACCAGUGCGGACCUGUGCUAGGAGUCUUGGUGGGAGAGACGCCCUCCCUUACAGAUUGUACAGUGGGUGUGGAAACUGACUGCUUCAAUUGACAUGUCUCUGUUUCCGAUUCCUCCUCCUCCGGCCUUCCCACGUGUGCUGCUCUUCACUGACAUCCGCAGGACUGACCAGGCUGACGCCCUUCUCUGCUCAAUAUUCUUCAUUCAUCCUGUUCGGAGCUAGGGAGGUGACGCUGUUGCUCUUGCUGUGUGUUCGGUUGUACGUGGCAAAUGCUUCGCUGGGUACCACCUGCCCUUGCUUUGUUGGUGGCCACUAACAAACAGGCAAGGAGCCUGCUAGCUGCUUGUGGGGUGCCAAAGCGCCACCCACCCCCCACCUAUGCUCUGCUGUGGGGCUGAAGCAUGGCAUGCUGGCACCUUCACUCUGUGGCCUGCCCCUGAAUCCAAAAUCAGGUCUGUGCUGACUCGGGCACAGCACCUGAACGGAAGGGUUUGUCUGUUUGUUGGUAAAAUCUGUGGUGUUGCUACAACUCUGCUGUCCAAGCAACACAAGGACCUUUGUCAGAAUCUGUUACAAUAGCCCCUUUUUUGUAUUAAAGUGCCUGUGUCAGCAUCAGGACUAGCACGUUCAUGGGACUGUAGAAUCCCGUUGGAUCAUCCCGUAGUCACGGAAGCAGUAGGCCUCUCUACUGCCACAUUGGUGUUUAGGGUUGCCAGGUGUCCGAUAGUGAACUGGACAAUCUGGUAUUUUUGCCUCCUGUCCAGUUAAAAAAAAAAAAUUGUCCAGUAUUUUCUGAUUUCUUCCCGGGCCAGAAGGUGAAAAUCCAGGGUGCUUAUUGGGUUUUGCAGUGGUGCUGUCUGUCCCGGAGCAGGAAGAUAAGAUGGCAGACAACCGCCGACAGCCUGUUAGGUCCAAAAAGCCUCAAAAGUGUUUCUUAAAGGGGCCAUGCUGUUAAGGGAAAUUUUUUUUAAAAGAACCCCCAAUUUUCGGGGUCCUUUUUUUUUUUUUUUAAGUAUUUUUUCAGAAACCAUCUGGCAACCCUAUUGGUGUUCAGUAUGUCGCUGCCACUCUAGUCUGAUGUGACAAACUGUGCAGAGUGUGGCAGAGCUGUUGAGAAGUGUGGGGCAGAUCAGAUUCCCUAGGAGAAGAUGAGGGGCAAACUGAGCACGUCAUGGGCGGGAGAGGGAGAACUGUGGGAGGGGAAACCAAUUCGGAAGUGAACAGUACUGCGGGGAGAGGGGAAGGCGAAGGAGUGUGUGCCUGUUCCACAGAAAGGAAAAAUACCUUUACCUGGUGCUACCUGACUGAGGUGGAUUUUGGGGGAUUGUUUUGGGGCCCGCGAUUAGCUUGUCCCUAUAAGGCAGUGGUGGUCAGCCUGUGGCCCACAAGAUGUUUUGUUUACCAUUGCCCAUGUGCAGGGUUGCCAUAGUCCACCAGUGUCGGUUUUUUCCUACCAGGGUUGCCAAAGUGAAAUGUGCUUAAAAUUAGGACACCGGGAGGGAGGUGUGUGCUGAAUGCACACACACGCUGACUGUGAGAGCCGUGUGCUCCCUCUGCAUCCAGUCACAGCGCUGCUAUGGUGCAAUCGGCACCCCCUGCAAAUUCUGGGUACGCAAGCGCAGUGAGCAACAUGGCCCUAUCCCAAGAGAGCGUUUUGGUUUAGGACAAUCUUGCAGCCCCCUGAGAUGAAGGGCCCUUUAUGUAGCCCAGUCACUAGCCUCGGUUGUCCAUCUCUGCUAUAAGGCCGUGUGACCUGUUGGAGUAUUCCAGUCAUUAGAACACACAAGUACAGCUGGAAAAGCUGCUUCUCUUGCUCACUUCCC